AUGGUUGCAAAUGGGUUAACAGGAGCUGCUCUUGUAAUUGCCGGAGUUGGUCGUCUGGCAAUGUUCUACAGCAAUUACAGUGAACGGGCGAGCCGCCGGAAAUGCAUGCUUAUGCCUUGGAAUAUUCUCUUUUCAUGGGCAGAACCAAUGCAAGCAGUAUCAUUAUUUAUGGUCAGUCUUGAUCGCUUGAUUGCUUUGUCUUUUCCGCUGGCGUACUUCAAGAAAAACGGUUUCAUUGAAAUUACUGAGUGCAUUUUGCCGAUUUGCUUCUGGACCGGAUCUGUAACGUUGCUGGUAAUGGUCAGUUGGUAUUUUUCCUGGCAGGACACUAAACCCAUCUUCGAUCCCUUUUGCUGGACGCCCGACAGCCAACUGCCGUUCUUCAGACAAUUUUUCCUGCUCGUCGUCAUCACUGCUUCGAUUGGUAGCGUUCUGUUGUACAUUGCAGUGUAUGCUAUGACUCGAGAAAGUGUUCGUCGUGCUCGAAAUACUCAAAUGGGAUCGAAAGCAGCUGAUGCAUUUGAGCGCCGUCAACGUAAACUUACCAGAACAAUGAAUAUUUCAUGUGUAGUAACAAUGAUCUUUUACGUAACACCAAUGUGUGUGCGCUUUUUCAUCGGUGGCACAAUUGGUACGACAGUGAACGACUUCGUGACAGUGUAUUCGGGAAUCAGCUGCAAUUUCAAUCCACUAGCAAUCCUUGCGGCUCUGUUCAUAAUGCAGGAAGAUGUGAAAGGAGCUGUACUGAGCAGUUUACCGCACUGCUUGCAUCGGCUCAUCCCAAGUGCCGUACCGAACUAA